AUGGGUGCUACAAUUUCGGCUAUUAUAGCAAAUCGUAAUUUUUCUCUUGUUCAUGCAUCUUGGAAGAAACACACACCCUUAUCAUCCCGAGAAACCUCUCCUCAACCUCCAGAUUUUGGUGUUAAUCUGUUCUUGAAGAAGCCUAGCACCACCUCUAAACCAACUGAGGAUGAUUUAGAUAUCGAGGAAGAGCAUGAUGAAGAGGAAGAUGGAAAUAUUGGUGUUGUUUGGGAAUCAGAUGAGCUUGAAGCCAUCUCAUCACUUUUCCAAGGUAGAAUUCCAUAA